AUGAGUUUUAUCAUGAAACUUCACAGACAUUUUCAAAGAACAGUUAUUUUGCUGGCCACUUUUUGUAUGGUGAGCAUAGUUAUUUCUGCGUACUACUUGUAUAAUGGCUACAAACAGGAAAAUGAACUUUCUGAAAUCUCUUCAGAAGUGGAAUGUGGUGAUCUUCAACUGUUACCAUACAAGCUGAUGGAGAUGAAGACCAUGAAGCCUGUUGAUCCCCUGAGGACAGAUCUUGUAGUGCUGGUGUUUGUGGAAAGUCAGUACUCAACACUAGGCCAAGAUAUAAUAACUAUUUUAGAAUCUAGCAGAUUUCAGUUUCACAUUGAGAUUGCACCUGGGAAGGGUGACCUCCCAGUGCUCAUAGACAAAAAUAAAGGCAAAUACGCUCUCAUAGUAUACGAAAAUAUUCUAAAGUAUGUGAAUAUGGACUCUUGGAACAGAGGCCUUCUAGAUAAGUACUGUAUAGAAUAUGGCGUAGGUGUUAUUGGAUUUCACAAAGGCAAUGAGAACAGCUUGCAGAGCUUUCAGUUGAAGGGCUUUCCUUUCCAUGUCCACAGCAAUCUGGGUAUUAAGGACUGUUGCAUUAACCCUCAUUCCCCACUGCUCCAUGUGACUAAAUCUUCUAAGCUUGAGAAAGGUCCCUUGCUUGGAAAUGACUGGGCGGUUUUCCAGAUUAAUCAUACAGCUUAUCAACCAGUGAUAUUUGCAAAAGUCAAGGCACCAGAAAACCUUUCACCACCUGCUGCUAAAAGUGCUCUCCAUGCCACAGUAAUUCAUGACCUGGGGGUCCAUGAUGGGAUUCAACGAGUCCUUUUCGGCAAUAACUUGAAUUUUUGGCUGCACAAGCUGAUUUUCAUAGAUGCCAUCUCUUUCCUGUCUGGAAAGAAGCUCAGACUGUCCUUGGAUAGGUACAUUCUGGUUGACAUAGAUGACAUCUUCGUUGGGAAGGAGGGAACAAGAAUGAACACCAACGAUGUACAGGCCCUGCUUGACACUCAGAAUCUUUUGAGAGCUCAGAUUACAAAUUUUACUUUCAACCUCGGAUUUUCAGGGAAAUUUUAUCACACAGGCACUGAGGAGGAAGAUGAAGGCGAUGACCUGUUGUUGAGGUCUGUAGAUGACUUUUGGUGUUUUCCCCACAUGUGGAGUCACAUGCAGCCUCACCUCUUCCACAAUGAGUCGUCACUGGUGGAGCAGAUGAUCCUUAACAAAAAAUUUGCCUUA